GGCAGGAAGAGGAGCACAGUCAUUAGCACAGGGAGGAGGGUCGGAGGCAUAAGGGGGUCAGAUCCAGGGGCUAGUCUCCACUGAUUUCCCCAUUGUCAUCUAUUCUUCCUUUGCUGUGCACCACUGCUGGCCGGAGAGCUGCUGUGUGGUGGAGCCAGGUGAGAAAAUGGCCCUGCACCCUCGUCGGGUUCGUUUAAAGCCAUGGCUGGUGGCCCAGGUGGACAGCGGAAUGUAUCCUGGUCUUACGUGGUUAGAAAGAGAGGCCAAGAGGUUUCAAAUCCCAUGGAAGCAUGCAACACGUCACAGUCCUCAGCAUGAAGAGGAGAACACAAUCUUCAAGGCAUGGGCUGUGGAGACCGGCAAAUAUCAUGAAGGCGCAGAUGAGCCUGAUCCUGCCAAGUGGAAGGCCCAACUGCGCUGUGCACUCAACAAGAGUCGGGAGUUCAAACUCAUUUAUGAUGGCACCAAAGAAGUUCCUAUGAAUCCAAUAAAAAUUUAUGAGGUCUGUGACAUACCUCAAUCUCAAGGAUCCAUAAUUAACCCGGGUUCAACUGGAUCCUCACCAUGGGAUGAUGAUGAAUAUGAUGAAGAAGAUAUAAACCAGUCUCAACUUCAUGUUCCAAUCCAAGAGCCAUUCAAUGGAUUAACUAUUCACGAUUCUCCGAUGGCCCCUGCCAGCAUUGGAAGUUGCACUCCAGAGCCAAAUUGGCCCAAAUCUGAGCCACAAGAUAUGGAAAUCCCACAGACCCCAGGAGCGGUGGAGCUUUUCAACACUCCUGAGUUGUGGAUUAGUUCUCUGCCAAUGACGGAUUUAGAAAUCCAGUUUUUGUACAGAGGGAAAGAGAUGGGCCAGACAAUGACUGUCAGUAACCCCCAAGGUUGCCGAUUAUUCUAUGGAGAUCUGGGUCCUAUGCCCAAUCAGGAAGAGCUCUUUGGUCCCAUAAGUCUUCAACAGGUUCGAUUCCCUGGUCCAGAGCAAAUAGCAAAUGAGAGGCAGAAGCUGUAUACCGGCCGCCUUCUAGAUGUCAUGGACAGAGGCCUUAUCUUAGAAGUGAGUGGACAUGCCAUCUAUGCCGUAAGACUGUGCCAGUGCAAGGUAUACUGGACGGGACCUUGUUCUCCUUCUCCAAACACUCCGAAUUUGAUUGAGAGGCAGAAGAGAGUGAAGCUUUUCUGCCUGGAGACAUUUUUAAGUGAACUCGUUACACAUCAGAAAGGAGGAGGAGCUAAGCAUCCACCAUUUGAAAUUAACUUGUGUUUUGGAGAGGAGUGGCCUGACGGUAAACCGAAGGAGCGCAAACUUAUCAUUGUUCAGAUUAUUCCAGUGGUGGCCCGGAUGAUUCUUGAGAUGUUUUCUGGAGAUGUCACUCGCUCCUUUGAAAGUGGAAGCGUCCGUUUGCAGAUUUCUGUUCCUGAUAUCAAAGACAAUAUUGUCGCUCAUCUCAAACAACUUUACCGCCUUCUGCAGAACCACCAGAGCCCCGAUGGUUGGCCCGUCAUGCAGCACCCAAAUCAACAGCAAGCGGCUUUGCAGGCAACACAUUUGCAGCCAUCAAACCUUCAUAUGGCUCAGGCACUGCAAGUUCAGUGAUGGCAUGUGUACAUAACUUGUAGGACAUUCUCCUUUGAGGCUGGAUUACUGGGGCAUAGAGUACUCUUACCUGGAGAAGAUAAGGGAGUCUGUAAAUUACUGCUUCUGUGCACAAGUCACUUAACCAAAGCUUUAUAAUAGCACAUAUUCAAAAUAACAUUUUAUAUACAAUGAUUAUUUUUCUUUUUGUACAUGUUCUAACUCUCCUGAUAAUAAGCAUCAGAAUAUAUAUAUUUUACCCACAGUGCCUCGAGAAAGCUGGAAUUUCUAUGGCAUAUACAGCAAUCAUUCAGCAGAUUUUAGCAGCCACCGUGGUCAAUACUUAUUUAUUAUAUUAAUGUGUCAUACGGCAUUAUAACCUCGCUAACUUGUGAAAUAUCUAAUAAAACGGAUGCUUUGUUAUCACAUUACAAGCUUGGCUGCAGAUGAGGCUUUUGUACAAAACUGCUUUCUAAAAUACACAAUUCCUACUUGCCCUUUUGUACAGUUUUAUUUUGUAAAAAUAAAAUUUUCCUAUUGCUAUCUCA